GAACCGGAUGGAAAACCACAAGACGUUAGUGCACGUAACACCAGUUCAACCAGCAUUCUAGUAUCGUGGGAAGAAGUGCAAGCUGAUCUACGGAAUGGUAUUAUUACUGGUUACAAUAUAACGUUCCGGUCACUGACAGAGAAUGACAAUGGAUUUGUAACAUCUGGUCCUAAUGAUCUUCAGGCCAACCUAGCAGGACUGACGGAGUUUGUUGACUACAAUAUUUCAGUGGUCGCAUUUACAGUGAAAGGAAAUGGACCGCCUUCUAUUAUUAUUGUUAGAACGGACCAAGAUAGUAAGUAACUAAUUUUGCCAUGAUUGCUAUUCCGAAAGCCAGAACAAAAUUAAUUGUGGAAUCUUCAACAUAAAGUUUCAGGCUGUCUAAGACUGGAAUGAUAUAAGUGAUGGAAUCAAGCUGCUUCCUCUCAAAAGAGUUUUAAGAAAAACCACAAGCUAAUUUUUCUUUAGCCAGGAUGAUUAUUUGGGGCAACCUGUACUCCUCCCAAUUUUUUGUUAAUUUAUUUUUGCUAAUCAUUAUUGUAUACUGUUGGGUACAGGUAAAGUUGCUGUUGUUGUUUCUACUUGCUUUAGGGUUUACUAUGACUGGUCAGUAAAGAGGUCCACUUGGUGCAAGUCUUUGAUAUUAUUUUCCCUGAAAAAUCUACAGGGAUGCCAGAUUCCUGCCCAAAGAUCCUUUCAAUCAAGGACGCCGUGUAGUCCCACUAUUAUAAUCUCCCUUCAAUCUAUACUAGGGUUGUUCAAAGUCGAUUCAGCUGUCGAUUGAUUGCUUUAUUAUUGUGUAAACCUUUUUCAGCGCCAACCGCCGCUCCAGUUAACGUGCGGGGACGCAACCUGAGUUCUACCAGCAUUUUGGUAGAAUGGGGCGACGUGCCGGAACCUGAUAGAAAUGGCAUUAUACUCAGUUACACAGUUACUUACGAAGUGCCUCCUGAUGUCCCUAUACGACGCCAGAUGGUGAUUGCUUCAGCUAGGCAAGCAACGCUGAUAGGACUCAACAAGUUUACAGAAUAUGAAAUUGCAGUGUUUGCCAAUACUUCAAAAGGAGGUGGAACUGGAAGCGAACCUAUCCGGGUGAAAACGGACGAAGACAGUAAGUAG